GACUUGUGGUGAAGAAGGAAGAAGGAACCUCAUCCGAAACCUCUCACUCCUUCAGACGCCGCUUCUCUCUUCCACAGUUUACUAAAAUCACUUCUGUCAUGUCAUUAGAUGGCAUCCUCACAGUCACUGUGAUGUUUAAGGAAGGAAAUGUCGAGGCAAAUACUGCUGAAAACUCCAUUAAAACUGAAGCAAAACGCAUCACAAAAGAAAUCAUUCACUCGAAAUCACUUCACUUCCUGCUGAAAAACGUCUGCUUGAGACCAAGAAUGAAAACCAAAAUGGACUGAACGAGUAUAUGACAUCUCAGUCCGAGGAAACUCGUCAUUUCCCUCGAGAUUUCACGUCGGGGACAAAGACGCCUUAUCUUGAUUGCAGUUUCGAGGACAGCAAUAGACUGAGACGCUGUGGACAAGAAAGUGGCAGGGAGUCUCAAGAAACUAAUAAGUAUAACGUCACCGAAGACGCAAUUAUGGGAACGUCCUCUCGUUUGGCAAGUGGUUCUCUAUCUAGCUUCACAGAGAAGUCUUUUCCUAUCACGAGGAAAGGACACUUUUUCUCCCAUUACUUCUUCCGAGACACAAGGGAGGAUUUCCAGAAGGCCGUUAGGGAAAUCCUGAGCAGAUGGGGAGAGAAGUCCUGCGGUGACGAGAUGACUUCCUACAGGAAACUACGAGCACGAAAUAUGAGGGAAGACACUCAGGCUGUGACGUCCUCGGAAGAUGAACGCCAUUAUAAGUUUGUCAUUGAUGUUCACGACUUUAUGGACGUUGGAGAGAUCAGCGUGAAGGCUGUGAACGAGCGAGAGUUGGUGGUCGAAGGUCACUUGGAGAAGAAGGAAGACGGUUCCAAGUCCAGCAAGCGGUUCCUUCGGCGCUUCGUUGUUCCUGGAGACAUUGAGCUUGAGGCUGUCAUUUCAGUCAUGUCUUCUGACGGUGUGCUUAAAAUUUUGGCUCCAAAGAAGGAGGGCCAUAAUCGAAAACAUUUUUCGAUUGAUGUAGAAGACAUGGACGAUGUCGAGGCAACGGUUUCAAGGAAAUUUAGAAAUGGACAUCGUCUCGCCGAGGAAUAUCUGAAGAAGAGAGAUUCAUCUUCUGAUGACGAGGAAUUAAGAGCUUUUGCCAAACAAUCCAAUAACCAAUACCGAGUCACUUUCCAAGACGAUGACGAAGAGUUUGAAGGUGGACACAUGUUCAACAAGGAGACAAAGAUGACAAUAACAGCAGCAAGGAUUUCAAGUAUAACAUUCCAAGCCUUUCUAUGGAAACCAGGGUUUUGCACAUAGAGAGGAGAGGUGCGUUUGCUGAAGACUAUUGCUUCGCAAAUGUCCGUAACAGCUUCAGCCAGGCGGUGAGAGAAGUGCUGGAAAAGGCCAGUGAAUGGACCUGUCGAAGCGACGCCAUGCACAAC